AUGUCGUACCACGAUGGCCCCACCUCAGCCUCCACGAUAGCCGCCUCGUCAACGUCGCCGUCCUCCUCCUCCUACUUUGCCUCGUUGACGUUGGAUCAUACACUCGAGGACCUGUGCGCGCGGUUCAUCGUCAACUUGCCGACGGAGGAACUCGUCAGCAUGGAUCGGAUAUGCUUCCAGAUCGAGCAGGCGUGAGUUGCUGGUUCCAUCGCUGGGGAUCCCGGGUGGGGAACCAUCGUCUGGUCGGCGACCUGGGGCAUGCGGCGUCACGGGAGACUGGCCGCAGACCAUGGCGAAGAGAAGCAGCGUCAUCAACAAAGGACACGAUCGGAUGAACGCGGGUUGAUGCUGGGCAUGGCAUGAGGGGGCAGAGGGCGUCGUGUCCGAGGCCGUGCUACGUCGUGCUACAUCGUACAAGGGCACGGUGCACGGUACUCUUCAACCGACCGACUGCGCAAGCACCUCAAAGAUGCUACAGGACACGUCAACUCAUCUGAACAACAAUCUCCACAGGCAUUGGUACUACGAGGACUUCGUCCGGCCAUCGGCACUCAACCCACUGCCCUCAUACAGCCUCAAGGCUUUCUCUCUGCUCAUGUUCAGAUCGUGUGCACUCCUACAUGAUGCAAGUCGAUUAGCUCUAUCUUCUAUCGACGAACGGCCGUUCCUAACAGCCACCUCCUUUCCCGACGGGCCACAGUUGAUCCCGAGCCAUCAACAGAUUUGGACCAGCUUCAUGGCCUACAAAGAACGGGUGCCCGUCUGCGGCGCCAUUCUCAUCUCGCAAUAUUGGGACAAGGUACUUGACGAAUUUUGUUUCAAACCUCCCGUGCGUGAAUUGACCUAACUCUCCGCUUGCCUCCACCCAAGGUUUUGCUCGUCAAAGGGUGGAACAAGGGUGCUUCGUGGUCGUUCCCAAGAGGCAAAAUCAACAAGGGCGAGCCAGAAGGGAUGUGUGCCGUACGAGAGGUGAGUUCAUACACAUCAAGAUGGAUCCGAACCAAUGUCUCCGGUGCGAAAAGCGGCGCUUACUCCCCAAAUCGACAGGUCUUGGAAGAGACAGGCUACGACCUGUCUUCGGCGUUCCCACCCGAGCAGCUUCAAACCAACUACGUCGAGCAGGAACCCGCCGAGAGAGUACCCUACUACGUCGAACUCGUCAUCAAGGAGCAGAAAAUCCGGCUUUAUCUUAUUCCUGGGAUACACGAAGACACCUACUUUGAGACGAGAACUCGGAAAGAGAUUUCGGUGAGUAACGACGAUUCCUUCCAGCGAAUUACGUGCAUAAUUGACCCUAGUCGUACAUUUAUGUCCACAGAAAAUCGACUGGUUCAAGCUGAGCGAUUUGCCAACAUGGCAAAAGGACAAGAAGGGCAAGAAGAAUGCGAGCCAGAUCGAGGGCAAGCAAGCCAAAUUCUACAUGGUCACCCCAUUCAUGUCGUGCGUCCUCCUUCCCUCACCGGUCUUUUGGAUGUAUGGUUACUCAACCCUUCUUCCUCUUCACCAGACACCUCAAGCUAUGGAUCGAGCGCAACAAGCCAAAGAACGUGCGCAAACGAGCACCCGUGUCUGCAAUCCCCAUCGCCCCAGCACCCACAUCUAGGGCGGUCAUCGACUCUGAGCCCGAGCACGAGCUGUCUACAUCGCCAUCUGGAUUCGGAUCGACGACAGAGGACGAUGAUUUGACCGACCUAGAGGUGUAUUCCGCCAGCGCCCCACUCGCAGCGAAGAAGUUCGAAUCGACCCAGGAGGCGACAGAUGCGUUGAAUGCGUUCUUUUUCGGUGGCUCGCCGCCCAAGGAAUCGGCUGUUCAGCAGCCUCCACCUCCCCCGCUACCAUCGACAUUCCCUCCGUUCCAAUCCGUCGCGCAAUCUGCCGAAGCGCGCGAAGAGUCGCCUGGUCUCAGCACAAGAGAAAGGCUUUCAAGUGCGGGCACGACUCUUCCCCACGUCGCGUACGAACGGCAGUCGUCCUUCGUCCAACCUAAACCCCAAACUUCCACCCACCAGACCGACAAGUUGCUCGCCUUGCUGGCGAGUCAGACGUCCCCGCCUCCGCCUCCACCUGCCAAGCCGCCUCUGUCUUUGCCGAACAACAAGAUGAAUCUGCUCGGCAUCCUUCGGGGCCAAGGCCAGUCACGCAGCGUGUCGUCACCGAAGCCGAAUCCGAACCUUUUGCCCGAUGCGUCGUCGCCUCUACAGACGAAUGCAUCACCGUCGAUGCUGUUCGACAACUCACAACCGCCUCCCGAGGCCGAGGGCUUUGGUGUUGAGCACGUGGCCACCCAUGCCGAACGAGGGCAGGCCGAACGCCAGGAGAAGAGGAACGCGCUGCUGAGGGCAUUGUCAAGUAUGGCAGCCGCACCUGUUAGUCAUCACUCGCCCACAACUCCAUCGUCCACAGGCAGUGUUCGCGCGCUCUUCAAUCCUGCAAGUCCCAGUCGGCAGAGCACUGGAGUCACGCCUCCGGUGGUAUCGUCCUCGCUUGCAAACCUCUCGCUCCAGGAUGACAAUUUCGAUCAGCGUGGAUGGCCUAUCACGGCGACUGAGAAGCAGGUGACGGAGGCUCGAAUAGGGUUAGGUCGCCAAGGCACUUUGAUGCCUCUCGAACCCGAAGAAUCGGGCGAAGAGCGCUGGUCCUCGUCGGCGGGAAGCCAAGCACGAAACACGAAGCAGGCGUUCGAUGAACUUGACGCCGCACGCGAUGAUUGGAUCGAACAAGGCCGCCCAGUCGGAGGUGUGCAUUCCCCGUCGUCAGAGAAGCACGCGGUUUUGCAUGAAUCCAUGCCGUCGAUGGAGCAAUAUUCGGCAAGCUUGCCUUUGCCGCUCGAGUCUAGGCUCUCCCACCAUUCCGGUUCGAGUGAUGGAAGUCGGCGCGCUGUCGGCACACCGCACACUGCUAUCUCACCUUCAAAGGGCGUCAAUCUCCUCUCGAUCCUGAACGGCAAGGCUCCGACUCCCACCACUUCGCUCUCGUCCGCGACACCGCAGGCCUAUCCACAAGGGGAGGCAAUGGCGCAAGUCUUGCCUCCCGUAUCUCAAGCGUACCAAACAGCUCCCGUCUCUCAACCUCCGCCAGCUGUGAUGCAGCAGAUACAUUUGCCAGACCUUACACGACCGAACGCGACACCGUCGUUCGGAGGCGAAGCGCUCGCGAACCAGAUCCCCUCCCAACCCUCUUUGCCCCCUGUUCCGGGAGGAUUUUACGCGCAGCCUAGCUACGUGGUCUCACCCCACAUGCAACACCCGCCACAACCGCCUCCCCAAGCCUCCCACUCCCACUUCGCCCCCGGUGGGUAUUACUUCACACCCCAAGCGCCCUCCGUCCCUAACUAUCAGAACCCCUACCCUACGGCACCCGGUUCGUUCAUCCCCCCGCAACAGCACCCACCUUACGUGCAACACCUGAGUUAUUCGAACCGACCUCCGCAAAGCAUGCAUUUGCAACAGCGUCCCAACGUUGGGUACCAGUACCCUCAACAUCCGAUACAAAACCCUCAGGCAAGCAGCUUUGCGAGCGCUUCUUUUGCCGCUCCUGCUACCCCCUCAUCGCAAAGUAUGGUCCCUCCCUCAUCUGGGAUGUACGCAAACCCUACUCCUCCGACAGGUUUGAGGACUACCGCACAUUCAGGCCAGCUCUUGGGCCUACUCAAUGCGCGUUCCUGA